AUGGCUGGGAAGGGCAACCCGAUGCCGGGCGGCCACCUAAAUGGCUUCCCUAUGUCCACCUACUCCUACUUCUUUCCCCACAUGCUGGGGAGCCUGUCGCCUCCGGCCCUGCCUGGACUACCCAUCAGUGGGUACAGCACCCCAUCUCCAGCCAGAAGCAACAACCAGUGCACAUUCCCAUCCCAAAACAGAGUGUGGACACUGUGCCACGGGGAGGUUCCGGCCCCUCGCAGCCCUCUGAGCACCAAUGAUAAACUCACAGCUCUGAGCAGUGGGAAGGGCUUGUUUUAG